AGGAGAGAGAAGAGAGGAGAGAGGAGAGAGAGGAGAGAGAGGGGUCAAAUCGAGUGGCGAAGGGGUUGGGUUGUCUUUUACAUUUUUGUUUUUGUGGUGCUCGUAUUAGGCUGAGGGUUUCGAACAAAAACACACACAACACACACAGACCAGAGAGAGAAGAAAGAGAGACGAGAUAUAGAGAGCCCUGAAAGCUCAAGAUAAUACUGGAGAUACAACUCUCUGAGCUUAAUACAAAAGCCCCAAUCGUCGAUUAUCUUCUUCUUCCUUUACCUUGUCCUUUCUUUUAAGCUCUGCUAAUUUCAGCCGAUGGAUCCCUUCGAUUUGAUACGAAAAGGGUUUGGUUGAAGCUUAAUGAAAAACAAGUUCUUCUUUCAUUCAAAGCUGGUCUAGUUAUUUCCAUCUUAGUAAAUAAUGAGCUUGUCCAAGAAAGGAACCUUUACUAAUGACACAAAACUAAGCACUGCAAACAAGGCAACUGCCUUGAAUCCAAAUGCAGCAGAGUUCGUUCCUUUUUCCCUCAGAUCUCCGUCAUCUGGAAGCACCAGUACAGGUCAGGCUGCAACAAAGUUUUCUUCCACUGGAACAUUUGGAAAAGCAGUACUAGAUCGAACAGAGUCUUCUGCAUCAAAUAAUUCCGAUGAAGAGGCCCACCAAUAUUGGCGUCACCAGCUCCCUGAUGAUAUUACUCCUGACUUUAAGGUCAUGGGAGAAGUUGAGUCACAAGGCCUUGGGAAUCUCUCUUUGGCAGGUUUGUCCUUACAUGAUGAUGGUGAAGCAACACAGUUUCCUGCCUCUACAGGCAGUGGAUACUUAUUAAACGAGUCACAUAUUAAUGGUAAUAACUUUUCUGAAAAGUUAAGAGCUUCUGCACCCCCCUUUGGGGAUGAUCUGUCCUCCUCCAGUUUCUUGCAUAUGUCACCUAAGCCUUGGGAUAAGCAAAUUGUGAACAGUAAUCAGCUUAUUAGCAAUGGUCAGGAGGGGUCUCCAUAUGAUGGAUUUUCUAGACAGGGGUUCAUGAAUGAUAUGUUCAGUGAGCAUGCAGUUGUCGACGAUACUGAUAUUAACCCAGCUGAGUUUUUGGCUUCACAGUUCCCUGGAUUUUCUGCUCAGAGCCUUGCCGAAGUUUACUUUGCCAAUGGUUGUGACUUAAACCUGACUAUUGAGAUGUUGACUCAGUUGGAGCUUCAAGUUGAUGGUGGUUUUAAUGAGAAUCUGAACUCAAAGACUGUGUCUUCUCCCGAUCUUAGUUCAAUGGACUUCCCUGCACUUACACCAACAGAUGGUCAGCAUAGUCAUCCAAAAUAUGGAGAUGAUGAUCUCCAGCAAAGUGGCAAUCCUUAUCGAUCUUCUGACAAGGACAACAUGCUUUUUUUCAAGUCUAGCUCAUCCAUUCCAUCUAGAGGUGCAAUAGAUUUUGCUUCAGCUGUCAGGAAAUUGGCGGCGCAGGAUUCUGGUGGAUGGAAGUUUGAGAGAAAUGGUUCUCCCGAAGCCGCUAUUGGCUCAAGCAGACGUUCCCAAUUGCCUAGCACUUACAAUACUGGGCAUGGAAGAGGCAUCUACAGUGACAGGUCGCAGAAUCGUGGUUCAGCUCGGACUGCUCCCGUUUGGCUUGAAACUGGAGAUGCUGUUGCAAAUAUGUAUUCUGAUGUGCGGGAUGAAGCUCGUGACCAUGCACGCCUACGUAAUGCAUAUUUUGAGCAGGCACGGCAAGCAUACCUUAUUGGAAACAAGGCUCUGGCGAAGGAGCUGAGCGUUAAAGGACAGCUGCACAACAUGCAUAUGAAGGAAGCUCAUGGAAAAGCUCAAGAAUCUAUAUAUCGUCAGAGGAAUCCAGUUGCUCAAGAGAUGCAGGGCAAUGGGAGAGCACAAGAGAGGAUGAUAGACCUGCACGGGCUGCACGUAAGUGAAGCCCUUCAUGUCCUGAAGCAUGAGCUGAGCGUGUUGAGGAGCACUGCCAGAGCAGGAGACCCGGGUCUUCUGGUUUAUAUUUGUGUUGGAACCGGCCACCACACCAGGGGUUCUCGCACACCGGCAAGGCUCCCCGUUGCUGUACAGCGAUACCUUCUUGAAGAAGAAGGCCUUGACUACACUGAGCCACAGCCAGGGCUGCUUCGAAUUCUGUUAUAUGUAACUGAUAGAAUUGAAUUACAUGAUAGAACAAUUCACCUUGCCAAUUACACCCUGAGCCAAUCAGAUGCUGAAACCGGUCAUUAUGUGUUCCGAACCCGAAGUACAAGUACCAGAAUCUUGAGUUUUGGAGGGAAAAACAGACAAUGCACCCAAGAAAUAAUAAUGCAGUUGCAAGCCAACCUCCGACCCAAAUCCAUUUUCCUCUCUACCAACAACACUUCAUACUCACGAACUCUUUUCCCUCUCUUCAACUUCUCAUCUCUCUCCUAUCCCAUCUCUAAGUCUACUCAUAUCUCACCAUCUUCGUCCUCAUCUUCUUCCUCUUCUCAAUGGUUCUCCGUCAUCCGCACCGCAAUUACCACCAUGGAUUUGCAGCUCGGCAAGCGUGUGCAUGCGCUUAUCAUAACCUCCGGCAACGACCCCGAUCAUUUUUUGACCAACAACCUCAUUACCAUGUACUCCAAAUGCAGGUCGCUUCCGUGCGCACGCCGCCUGUUCGAUAAAACGCCCGGCCGGGACCUUGUCACCUGGAACUCCAUUCUAGCAGCCUAUGCGCAAGCAGCGGGCUCUGAUGUUGACAAUGUUCAAGAGGGUCUUACCCUUUUCCGCAGUCUUCGCGAGUCUGUCGUUUUUACCAGUAGACUCACUUUGGCGCCGGUUUUAAAGCUGUGCUUGCUCUCAGGGAAUGUAUGGGCUUCGGAGGCUGUUCAUGGUUAUGCUGUUAAAAUCGGAUUGGAAUGGGAUGUGUUUGUUUCUGGUGCACUUAUGAAUAUAUAUUCCAAACUUGGACGGAUUAAAGAGGCUCGUGCAUUGUUUGAUGGGAUGGAGGAAAGGGAUGUGGUGUUGUGGAAUACAAUGCUCAAGGCCUAUAUGGAGAUUGGUCUUGAGAAAGAAGGACUUUCUCUCUUCUCUGCGUUUCACCUGAGUGGAUUACGUCCUGAUGAUGUCAGUGUGCGUUCUGUUCUUAGUGGGAUUGCCAAAUUUGAUUUUUAUGAAGGCAAGAGGAACAUGGAGCAGGUUCAAGCAUAUGCAGUGAAAUUGUUUCGUUACGAUGAUAUUAAAUUGUUCAGUUACGAAGUUACUAAGUCAGACAUAUAUUUGUGGAACAAGAAAUUGUCCGAUUAUGUUCAAGCUGGUGAAAAUUGGGCUGCUAUAGACUGUUUUAGAAAUACGGUUAGAUCGAAAGUAGAGUUUGACAGUGUGACAUUAGUUGUUAUUCUAUCUGCAGUUGCAGGUGUAAGUGGUUUGGAGUUGGGGAAACAGAUUCACAGUGCUGCUUUGAGAUCAGGGUUUGAUUCUGUUGUUUCUGUUGCAAAUAGCCUUAUCAACGUGUAUUCAAAGGCUCGUUCUGUUUAUUAUGCGAGAAAAGUGUUCAAUAACAUGAAAGAAGUGGACUUAAUUAGUUGGAACUCAAUGAUAUCAUGUUGUGUGCAAAGUGGAUUAGGAGAGGAGUCGGUGAUUUUAUUUAUAGGCAUAUUACGUGAUGGUCUAAGACCUGAUCAAUUUACUACCGCAAGUGUUUUAAGGGCUUGCUCCUCACUUGAAGGAGGGUUGUAUGUCAGUAAACAGAUUCAUGUUCAUGCUAUAAAAUCUGGUAUUGUCGCUGACCGUUUUGUUUCAACGGCUCUUAUUGAUGUUUAUUCUAGAACUGGAAAGAUGGAGGAGGCGGAGAUCCUUUUUGAAAACAAACUUAAAUUCAACCUGGCAUCUUGGAAUGCAAUGAUGUUUGGGUACAUAAUGAGUAAUGACAGUCACAAAGCAUUGAAACUUAUGAGGAUAAUGCAUGAAAGUGGACAGAGGGCAGAUGAAAUUACUUUGGCGACUGUGGCUAAGGCAACCAGUAGCCUGGUAGCUUUGAAUCCAGGGAAGCAAAUUCAUGCUCAUGCCAUAAAAACAGGGUUUUCUUCAGAUCUCUUUGUUAAUAGCGGUAUUCUAGAUAUGUAUAUUAAAUGUGGAGACAUGCGAAGUGCACACGGAAUUUUCAAUGGCAUCCCUGCACCUGAUGAUGUUGCAUGGACAACUAUGAUCUCAGGCUGCGUAGAAAAUGGAGAUGAAGGGCGCUCUCUUUAUAUAUACCAUCAGAUGAGGCAGUCGGGAGUUCAGCCUGAUGAGUAUACCUUAGCUACCCUUGUCAAAGCCAGCUCUUGUCUGACAGCAUUGGAACAAGGGAAACAGAUACAUGCAGAUGUCAUAAAGUUGGAUUGUUCCUUGGACCCUUUUGUUGCGACAUCACUUGUUGACAUGUAUGCUAAGUGUGGUAACAUAGAAGAUGCGUAUUGUUUAUUCAGAAGGAUGGAUGUUAGGAACAUUGCCCUGUGGAAUGCCAUGUUGGUGGGUUUAGCUCAGCAUGGAAAUGCUGAAGAAGCACUAAAUCUUUUCAGAGUCAUGAAAUCUAAGAACGUUGAGCCUGAUAGAGUUACUUUCAUUGGAGUCCUUUCGGCAUGUAGCCAUUCUGGUUUAGUUUCUGAAGCUUAUGAGCAUUUUUCUUCAAUGCAAAAGGAUUACGGCGUUGAACCUGAGAUUGAGCAUUACUCUUGCCUAGUGGAUGCCCUUGGCCGUGCAGGGCGUGUUCAAGAGGCAGAAAAGCUGAUAGCAUCAAUGCCCUUUGAAGCUUCUGCUUCAAUGUACGGAGCCCUGCUUGGUGCUUGCAGGAUUAAAGGGGACACAGAAACCGGAAAACGAGUAGCAGCACAGCUCUUGGCCAUGGAGCCAUCUGACUCAACCGCCUACGUUCUUUUAUCCAACAUCUAUGCUGCUGCCAACCAGUGGGAUGUUGUGAGUGAUGCUAGAACAAUGAUGAAGAGGCAGAAGGUAAAGAAAGAACCAGGUUUCAGCUGGAUAAAUGUAAAGAACAAGGUACAUUUGUUCGUGGUAGACGAUAAAUCCCAUCCACAAGCUGAUCAGAUAUAUGACAAGGUGGAGGACUUGAUGAAACAGAUCGGCGAAGAAGGGUACGUCCCGGAUACAGGGUUUCCACUGGUUGAUAUUGAAGAAGAGUAGAAAGAGCGUGCUCUCUAGUACCACAGUGCGAAGCUAGCCAUAGCUUAUGGACUGAUAAGCACUCCUUCAUCUGCCACCAUUCGGGUGAUUAAAAACCUUAGAGUUCGUGGAGAUUGCCAUAAUGCAGUCAAAUACAUAUCAAAGGUUUUUCAACGAGAAAUUGUCUUGAGAGAUGCAAAUCGCUUCCAUCGUUUCAGGGAUGGAAGCUGCUCUUGUGGUGAUUAUUGGGGACAUUUUUCAAUUCCUUGCAAUAGCAUUGGGUUAUAAAUAUCAUUUACAAAU